AGCCUCGUAUUCUCAGAGUGAGUGUUCUCAUCUACCUGAAUUUGAUUAAUUUUGUCAAUUGGGGUUCUUCCAUAGCCAUGAAUUUAUCAAUCUUGAAAGUUAAAAUAUCAAAAUAUUGAAAAAAAUCAGUUUUUGGGAAGUUCUUGGAACCCCAAAUAAUGUCAAUCGUAUCCCAAAACUUUUUCACAGCUCCACACACUCGUAUCAAUUUGUUUUGCUUGAAGAACCCAAAAAUUUCAACCCCAUUACAUCUAAAACCUUUGAAAACCCCUUUAAUUUUCCGUUCACAAAAACCCCAUUUGGACAAAAUUGAGUUUUUGCAAUGUCAUCAAUGGAAAGUUAAGAGCUUUGAUUCAGAGGGAACUGUAAAUGGUCAAGUUUCAGCUGAGUAUGAGUUUAAUUUUGAUGGGUUUCUUUCGAUUCUUGAGUUUUUGUGUUUGUUAUCUUCAGCUGUGGUAGCUAUUGGUUUUGCUGUAAAUUCUUGGGUUUUGGGGUCUCAGAAGUGGUUGGGGAAUAGGGUAUUAGCUGCACAGUGUGUUGUGUUGGUUGGUGGAGUGAUCAUUGGUUCUGUGAUUAGGAGAAGGCAAUGGAGGAGGAUUUGUAUGAAUAAGUUUUCCAGGUCUGGGAGUGAUUUAAAAGGGGUUAAUUUGUUGGAAAGGAUUGAGAAGGUUGAGGAAGAUUUGAGGAGUUCAGCUACAAUUAUUCGGGUUCUAACGAGACAGCUUGAGAAACUGGGAAUUCGAUUUCGGGUUACUAGAAAAACUCUCAAAGAUCCAAUUACUGAGGCUGCAAUGUUGGCCCAAAAGAACUCUGAGGCCACUCGAGCAUUGGCAUUGCAAGGCGAGCGUCUGGAGAAGGAGCUUGGUGAAAUACAAAAGGUUCUGCUGGCAAUGCAGGACCAGCAACACAAACAGCUUGAAUUAAUUCUCGCAAUUGGGAAAACUGGAAAGUUAUUUGAGAACAAGCAAGGGCUUAGUCAAGAUCCAAAUAAAAAUACAAAUGACAUGUCUAAUACAGCCGCGGAUGGAUUUCCACAGUUGGGAGUGAAUCAAAUUCAAGCUUUGAAGAGACAGCGGGAAACCAAUAAUGACAGAAUCUAGUUUCUUUCAGUAUAGACCAGUAAGAUUUCUUUAAACGACGAAAGGGUGAUAUGCAUGGUCUCACACUUAUAUGGAUGAAGAUUGACAGAUAUUUGAGGAAUCAUAUAUCCUUGUGCAGAUUCUUUUCUCCUGGGUUUUUUUGAGCAAUAUCUCUGUAGGGAGGGAGAGGAGAAAGGUGAAACUCGAUGUUCUUGUUCACGUUUAUUUGACAACGUAACGUUGUGUAUUAAGAAAACACAAUUGAUCAUUCUAUCUCCUGCAGUUCUGAUGCUAAAGGGUCAUUAGUUGUCAAAUUUUGUUCUGGUAUUGCAAUGCCAAGAAUGCUCU